UUCCUGGUCCCCCUCCCUCAGUGUCCUCUCUCUCUCUCUCUCCACCUCCAGAUCUCUGAAGCCCCCUGGCUCCCAGGACCUGCAGACUGAAUUUAAUCUGGAGUGGGACAUCUCUGGUUCAGGGCUUGGAGACCGUUGCAGAGGGAAUAGGAGGCCAGCUUGCAGCCCGCAGUGGGGAGAAGGUGCUGAGCAAUGAUGGCCAGGUUCCCAACGCUUGUCCUUCUCUUAAUAUUGCAUCUGGUGACAACGAGAGGGCAGAGAGCUGGACCACCAGGACCCCCGGGCCCUCAAGGACCCCCAGGAAUUCCCGGCAAAGAUGGAAUAGAUGGCGAGCAAGGACCUGCUGGUCUGCCUGGACCCCCGGGACCUAAAGGGGCUCCUGGAAAACCAGGUGAGGCUGGUAAACCAGGCCUGUCCGGACUUCCAGGGAUUGAUGGGCUGACUGGACCAGAUGGAAAGCCUGGGCCUGAUGGACCCCCAGGGGAACGGGGAGAUAUUGGACCUCCUGGGCCAGAUGGACCUCCGGGUCGAGGACCUUCAGGACCUCCUGGUCUGGCGGGACCCAGCGGAUUACCCGGUGGACGCGGACCUCAAGGCCCCUUGGGACCUUCAGGACCUCAAGGGUUACCUGGUCCUCCUGGCCCACCAGGACCCCCAGGUCUGCCAGGGGUUAUUCCAGAUGGUAACGGUGAUUUGCAGUGCCCGGCUGUGUGCCCGCCUGGACCCCCCGGACCUCCUGGAAUGCCAGGAUUUAAGGGUCACACAGGGCACAAAGGAGAACGAGGGGAGACUGGGAAAGAUGGGCAGAAGGGUGAUUCUGGGCCCCCAGGACCUGCUGGAAUCCCUGGCAGCGUUGGCUUACAGGGUCCAAGAGGUUUGAGGGGUGAAGUUGGACCACAGGGGCCCGCAGGAGACAGGGGAGAUACUGGAUUUCGGGGUCCCCCGGGUCCUCCAGGACCCCCUGGGAAGGCUGGGGACCAAGGCGUCCGAGGUUCUCAGGGAUACUGGGGUCCUAAGGGAGACACGGGAAAAUCGGGGCCUAAAGGAAUGCCAGGAGGUGCUGGACCCUUAGGAGAACCGGGUAUGCCCGGACAAGAUGGACGAGAUGGGAACUCAGGACUGGAUGGUGAGAAAGGUGAUGCUGGUAGAAUGGGAGUCCCUGGAGAAAAGGGUCCAAACGGGCUUCCUGGGCUUCCAGGUAAAGCCGGACUGAAAGGAGAGAAGGGCCAGUUGGGAUCCACUGGACAGCUUGGAGAAUCAGGACCUUCGGGAGAGCCAGGUAUUCCCGGUGAAGCGGGGCCCCCAGGAGAAAGAGGGGCUGCGGGACCCAGAGGCGGAGCGGGAUCUACGGGGCUGCAGGGACCCAUCGGUGUUCCAGGGGUGCGAGGCUUUCAGGGUAUUAAAGGGAGCAUCGGAGACCCUGGCUUAGCAGGUCCAACUGGGAUCCGUGGUGGAUUUGGAGAGCGUGGACCUGUUGGAGCCGCUGGACCCAAAGGAAACCAGGGACUUGGUGGCUCAGACGGACUUCCAGGCGAGAAAGGAGAGUUGGGACCGUUUGGCCCUGUGGGACAGAAAGGAGAGGCCGGUGUGAGAGGCGAACCUGGUCCUAAAGGGGUUGUGGGGCCCAAUGGUACAGCUGGUGUUCCAGGCAUCCCAGGACCUCCGGGGCCAAUGGGAUUCCAAGGAGAGCAAGGAGUACCGGGAAUCACGGGAAAAGCCGGAGUUCCUGGCAAGCAGGCGAGUGAGCAGCAUAUUCGAGAGUUAUGUGGAGGAAUGAUCAGCGACCACAUUGCACAAUUAGCUGCUAAUCUCAGAAGACCCCUAGCCCCUGGUUUGAUGGGUCGGCCAGGGCCAGCAGGACCACCAGGACCUCAAGGAGCCCAAGGUCGUGUUGGACAUCCUGGGGCUCGUGGCCCGCCAGGGUACAGAGGACCAACUGGAGAGUUAGGUGAUCCUGGUACAAGAGGUGAUGCUGGAGAAAAGGGGGACAAAGGACCCGUUGGACGAGGUAUUGAUGGACCUUUUGGAGAUCAAGGAGAACAAGGUGCCCAAGGAGUACCAGGAACAAGCAGAGAUGGCCGGGAUGGUGCACACGGUGAGCCUGGUUUCCCCGGUGAGCCAGGAAGAGCUGGUUCGAUAGGUGCCCAGGGUACCCCUGGAAUAUGUGAUACAUCGGCCUGCCAAGGUGCUGUUUCAGCAGGGAAAUCUAGCCACCCUAAGAAAUCCUAAAAGUCUCAGCAAGAGCAGGAACUGAAUAUUUAAUGUGGUACGUGGACAUAUAAAACAGAGAAGACAACAUCCUGGAAGAGCGUCCCUUUAAACAUGCCAAUACGGAGCGGACAUAUCCAGCUACCAGCCAGCUCCAUCAAACCGGAAAGCGUCUGAUAUAAAGUAUUUUGGAAGUUGAUUUUUUUUUUUGUGUGGGGGUGGAGGGAGGUUACAUUUUACUAUUAUCCCCAACAUCUUCUUUUAUUUGUUAACCCUUUUCUAGACACCUCAUCUGCUCUCUUUCCUUGCACAUGUUACCAAAGCGUUUUUUUGGUGCUCCCACCCCCACCCUUGUGUCCCUUCCCAAUGCUGUCCUUUUAGAUUUCACCGAAGUGUGAGAAUUAAGCCUCUUGCAUUCUAAUCUCGCUGGAGGUAAGUGUAUAUAGAAUAUUCAUGUAUAUUUCAAUCAAAAGGGCUAUUUCCAAUCAGGGCUAGGUUAUUAUUUUAUAUAUAUUUUGGGGUGGGUGUUCAUUUUUGGGGGGUUUUCCACACCUUAAUUUGAAAAGGAAAAGCCGCAUCUAAUGUUAAAACAAAGAAUUUCCAGAAUAAAAGCUGAUGUACCGUAAAAUGCAUUGUACAAAUAAAAAGGACAUUUUUUGAUUUUUUUUUUUUUUUUUUUUAAUAACAGAUCUAAUAAUGUCAUGUUUUAACACAUCUCAUUCCUAUCCAUUGGACAAAAUAAAUGGCUGCAAACGUGUGAAUAUCA